GUGGGUUAGAUCGGUCGGACCACUAUUAUGGAUGAAGAGCAUAUUGUUGGUGAUGAAGACAGAGGCAGUAGAAAACGAAAAUGGGGUGCAACAUCACGGCAGCGGCAGAAAGAAAUACGAUACGAUGACCCUGAUCCCAACCUUGAUGGUUUCGAAGUCUCCUGUAAGCAUGGCAGAAAUAAAAAACUUUCAUGUAAGGAUAUUCCUUUCGAAGAUCUAAGGCGCUGCCGACAAAAGUUUUAUUCACAAAAAGACAAGGUUAAGCAACAUACGAAACUGUCUCAUUUAAUUGAAAUUGGAACUCCUAGGAGAAAGAAACGUUCAGACCAAAGCUUUACUAGAAACCGCAGCAUUACUGUGCAUUACAAUGUGUGGAGCUCCAACAGCAAGAAAAUAAUUUGUCAGAAAAUGUUUUUAAAAAUUUUUGGAAUUAGUCAGAAACGCAUACAAAAUAUUUCUAGGCAAAUGAAAGCUGGAUCGGGUAUUUCUGAAAAUCGUGGUGGUGACAGACGUUUGCAGAAAAAUGUGGAAAAGCGCAAAAAAGUGAAAGCAUUCAUCGCAAAUUUAAAGGGGCAAGAGAGUCACUAG